AUACUUGAUUCAAAAUUCAAAAUACAAAAGCAGAGCAAGCGACGAAGAAAAUGUUGGCGGAAACAGAGCUCCAAGCAAUAGAAAAGCCGAACUGCCACAUUAUGCGCCUGCCCGAGGACCUCGUUCGGCAAUUGUUUCGAUAUCUACCCGAACUAUGCGAUAAGGUGCGCUUGGCAUCCACGGCAUCCAAGUUUCGGCUCGCCUUUGAGGACUGGGCUCGAGUGCGACGCAACGAACUGGUGGCCGAGGAUGUGGAAAUGAUGCGGCUGCCCGACAUCAUAGACUUUUUCUCCAUUGCCGGUCCUUUUAUCAAAGUGUUGCAUGUGGACUGCGCCUCGUUUCAGAAAGAGUCCUUGCUGGUGGAGUUUAUGGCCGAGUUUUGCAAGAAUAUCGAGGAAAUUAAUUUUACGAAUGUCACGGAUGAUUUCCACUACCACGCCUUACUAGCGCGCCUAACGAAGCUGCGACGCGUCAGCAUCGAUUGUAUGGAUGCGGAGGACGUUUUAAACUUCAAUUUGCAGGGCAAUCGAGAUCUGGAGUCGUUUGAGCUCAUUAAUGGUUGCUACACGGGGAAGCACUUAUGCGGCUUUCCCAAGCUGCAGAGCCUUGUGUUGCGCGACUGUUUGCUGUGGAACUCGGGCGAGUUCGGCAUACCUCUGAAGACGUUGCGCUCCCUCGAUCUGGACAACUGCUGUUUCGAGGUGAUGAACCAGUCCCUCUACCAUAAGAUAGCGGAGUGCUGUGUCCAGCUGGAGGAGCUAUCCUUCUCGGGCUGUGACACGAACUUUGAGGUCAUUGCUCAGUUGUGUAAUUGCAAUCUGCAGCGCUGCACGCUGAAGACCUGGAUGACCUCCAACGAGCUCAACAUCGGAUUUCUCUCCACGUUGGCGGAGAAGAAGGGCAAUAAUCUCAGCUAUCUGAAGUUGGCGGGCCAAUUCCAAAUCACAAACGAGCACGCGCGCUAUGUGGGUCAACUCUCCUCACUAAAGGAACUCCACUGGAGCACGAACGAUGUCCUGGACGACGAUCAUUUCAAGUUCUUCAACGACUUGUCUGGCUUGGAGGUUUUGGGACUGUUCUGGUGCGGACACGUCACCGAUAUAGGCCUAAUGAGAAUGGUGAGAAAGUGCAUGAAGCUUAAGCGCAUUGACUUGAAGGAAUGUGACGAGGUUACCGAUCAGUUUGUGCUCAAUGCCAUUGCCUGGCUAGGCAAGUCCUCCGGACGUGCCUUAGUACUGAACGUGGACGGCACAAAGAUCAAGCAGUCGCUGCUAUCACAUGCUGAUUACUUGGCUCCCCAAAACAAUGUGAAGUUGGUCUUUACGAAUGUCAAGGCGUGACUGUCCAGCCAAUUAUCCGCAAGAUGGCACAGCUGGUUCGCUCCCUCCUUAGUGUGGCUUAUGUUUGGACUCACAGGGAGGUGUUAUUGCCAAUUCGAAGCUCGAAAUGCGCACAAUCCUCUAUUAUUAUGCGCCCAGGCGAUCGCAUUGCGCGCUUACAAGAAGUUAGAUUUUUGGUAGAAAUAAUUAAAGACGUUUAAUAAAAAGAACCGAACUUUGAGAA